GCGGGGCGGGGCGGGGCGGCCGCUCCCGCCGGGGGAGUUUCCAGGAAGUGGCCAUAUUGGAUCCAUUCAGCCGCAGCCGCCGGAGCGCGUCCCGCACCGGCCGCCCGCCCGCCCGCCCGCGCGAGCAGCAUGGCGGCCACGGAGCUGGAGCGGCGCGCGAAUGUGGAGCCGGAGUCCCGGAGCCUCUCCCUGGGUGGCCAUGUGGGCUUCGACAGCCUCCCUGACCAGCUGGUCAGCAAGUCAGUCGCUCAAGGCUUCAGCUUCAACAUCCUUUGUGUGGGGGAGACCGGCAUUGGCAAGUCCACGCUUAUGAACACGCUCUUCAACACAACCUUUGAGACCGAAGAGGCCAGCCACCAUGAGGAGUGUGUGCGCCUGCGGCCGCAGACCUACGACCUCCAGGAAAGCAAUGUGCACCUCAAGCUGACCAUUGUGGAUGCCGUGGGCUUUGGGGACCAGAUCAAUAAGGACGACAGUUACAGGCCCAUAGUUGAAUACAUCGAUGCACAGUUUGAAAACUACCUGCAGGAGGAGCUGAAGAUCCGCCGCUCCCUCUUUGACUACCACGACACGCGCAUCCACGUGUGCCUCUACUUCAUCACACCUACUGGGCACUCCCUGAAGUCCUUGGACCUGGUGACCAUGAAGAAGCUGGAUAGCAAGGUGAACAUAAUUCCCAUCAUUGCCAAGGCUGACACCAUCUCCAAGAGCGAGCUCCACAAGUUCAAGAUCAAGAUCAUGGGCGAGCUGGUCAGCAACGGGGUCCAGAUCUACCAGUUUCCCACGGAUGACGAGGCCGUCGCAGAGAUUAACGCAGUCAUGAAUGCACACCUGCCCUUUGCCGUGGUGGGCAGCACCGAGGAGGUGAAGGUGGGGAACAAGCUAGUCCGAGCACGGCAGUACCCCUGGGGCGUGGUGCAGGUGGAGAAUGAGAAUCACUGCGACUUCGUGAAGCUGCGGGAGAUGCUGAUCCGGGUGAACAUGGAGGACCUGCGCGAACAGACCCACAGCCGGCACUACGAGCUCUACCGGCGCUGCAAGCUGGAGGAGAUGGGCUUCCAGGACGGCGACGGCGACAGCCAGCCCUUCAGCCUUCAGGAGACCUACGAGGCCAAGAGGAAGGAGUUCCUGAGUGAGCUGCAGAGGAAGGAGGAGGAGAUGAGGCAGAUGUUCGUGAACAAAGUGAAGGAGACGGAGCUGGAGCUGAAGGAGAAGGAGCGGGAGCUGCACGAGAAGUUUGAGCACCUGAAGCGGAUGCACCAGGAGGAGAAGCGCAAGGUGGAGGAGAAGCGCCGGGAGCUGGAGGAGGAGACCAGCGCCUUCAACUGCAGGAAGGCGGCCGUGGAGGCCCUGCAGUCCCAGGCCCUGCACGCCACCUCCCAGCAGCCCCUGAGGAAGGACAAGGACAAGAAGAACAGAUCAGACAUAGGAGCACAGCAGCCUGGUUCGAGCCUCUCGAACUCUAAGGUGAUGAUGACCAAAGCCAAUGUGGAGCCCUUGAACUGCAGCAGCUGGUGGCCCGCCAUACAGUGCUGCAGCUGCCUGGUCAGGGACGCGACGUGGAGGGAAGGACUCGUCUGAGGCAGCAGACUCAUCACGUGGGGCUGGCUCAGCAUCACUAGGGCAUGGAACUAGAGACCGUGGUUUUUAAUGUUAGAACAGAAGACCCCAUAAAGUUUCACAUGCUCCGUGACCGGAAGUCCAAACAAUUUCACUUUCUAUCAGGGAGCAUCCGAUGGGACCCAAUCCUUUUCGUUUCUGUCCAGGGUCCCCAGAGUGGCUUGAGGCUUGAGACCCUUUCUGUGGCCAACCUGAGCUUCAACCCUGGAGAGAAAAUUACUCUGCUUUGGGAUCCCCUCAUGAGGAGCCUGAAGUAUCUAGAUGACAAAUGUUUCCAUGCCGGAAAAGAGAAACAUAGUGUUCAAGUUGAAGGUAGCAGAAAAGUUACUUGUAUCUGCUUGACUUCAAGGCAACAGUGGCCAGUUUUCACAAUGGAGCAGCCCUUAGGGAUCUAACUUUCCUGCUUCCUAACAGACCCAAGCCCCACCACAUUUCCAUUGCGUAAUUUUGCCUUACUAACAAUCACAUCCUUCAGGAUGAUCAUCAUUCCCCCAACUAAGACAAACUAACGUGUGAUAUUUUUUAAGUGCCAGAUCAACAUGGUCUAAAGCUUCAAUAAGGAUUGUGUGUAGGUGAAUCAAGACAGCUAAGUGAAUGUGUGUAAAGUGUAGCCAAAAAGCAGACAGAUAUUUAUGUACAAAAUUCAUAGAAUGGAAAGUGAAAUAUUUUUGCAGUGUAUUUAGGAAGAAACUCACCAUAGCAGUGGCAUCUAAAUAUCUUUGUUAAGUUAAUUUAAUGACCUUUUAGAAAUGAGAGGCUGGUGGAAGACGCAUUUUCACUCUUCUGUAAGCAGUGAGCCCAGUGGGUCACCUCACCGUGGUGCAUGUGCAAAGACCCGUGCACACUUGUGCUGUGCACAUCUGUGCUUUGCUGUCCUGUGUUGUGAACAGUUGUCCCAAAGGCACACAGGAGUCUAAGGAAGACUCUGCAGCUGCCUCACGCUUACUAUAUUCAAGAAGUCCAGAGGUGUCGCGAUGUGGAGGUCCCAGUGCAGGUCCUUCAGAAUAGACAGCUCCAUCCUCCGCAGCUCACUCGCGGGAUAGGGAGAGCCACAGAGCUGUACGAAGUCCGUUAUACAUGGAAUUGACUGUAAAAAAGACAAUAAAGAGGCCAAAGGCCUACAUCAUAUCACA